AAAAGUUCCGGGGGGCUGUGAUGACUCGUGAUUGGUUGCUCUGUGCCAUGACUGACAGGUCCCCUUCUCCGACUCCCAUCUAAGCUCGGGUUGGUGACACUCUCCAAAAGUCCACACGGAUCUCAUGGAUAACGGAGACAUUAUUAGACCACAGCUCCUCCGGCUCCCUCCGUCUCCUCUGCUGUCCGGCUGGACGCACCGCCGCACCCAGAGUACUGGAACUGUCAUCGUGGAUUCUUUUAUUUUGAGACUGUGAGUGAUUUGAACUUUCCUUGCUUCCUGCAAGCUCGCGACGCCGUCUCCUUCCUCUCGAUCCUCUGUCCAGAGACCGAGAGAAAUGGCAGAGAAGCGGAGAUCCCCGUGUUCACUGAGCGUCAAGGCGCAUGCAUUCUCGGUAGAGGUGUUGAUCGGGGCCCAGAAACGGCGCAGAACAGCCGGAGAAGAUGCUGUGCCCUCCGGCUACGUGGACACAACUGAUAUCUCUGACCUAACCGGGACCCCGGGGCCGCGGACCAAUAGACCGUGCACCAGGGAGGCGGAGUGCGCAAAUGACGGAUCCCCAGAGAGCGAGGACACGCUGCUCCAGAGCCCGCAGCCCGCAGCUUUGUGCACCAGAGAGGAGACACGCGUGGACCUGCAGGGAUCAGACCUGUGGAAACGGUUCCACGAGAUUGGCACGGAAAUGAUUAUCACCAAGGCUGGACGGCGGAUGUUCCCCGCUAUGCGUGUGAAGAUUACGGGCUUGGACCCACACCAGCAGUAUUACAUUGCCAUGGAUAUUAUCUCCGUGGACAACAAAAGAUACAGGUAUGUUUACCACAGUUCCAAGUGGAUGGUAGCGGGGAAUGCUGACUCCCCAGUGCCGCCCAGAGUUUACAUCCACCCGGACUCCCCGGCAUCAGGAGAGACGUGGAUGCGUCAGGUGGUCAGCUUCGACAAACUUAAACUGACCAACAACGAGCUUGAUGACCAGGGACAUAUCAUUCUUCACUCUAUGCACAAGUACCAACCACGGGUCCACGUAAUCCCUAAGGAGUGUGGAGAGGAGUUAUCACCUGUGAGAGCCAUCCCUGUUGGAGAGGGCACCCGAACCUUCUCCUUCCCCGAGACUGUGUUCACCACUGUCACGGCGUAUCAGAACCAACAGAUUACAAGGCUGAAAAUUGACAGAAACCCAUUUGCCAAAGGCUUCAGAGACUCUGGCAGAAACCGGAUGGGUCUGGAAGCUUUGGCUGAGUCUUAUGCAUUUUGGCGUCCAUCUCUGCGAACACUCACAUUUGAAGACAUCCCUGGUAUGGCCAAGCAAGGAGUCCCAGGAGCACAUGGAGGGGUUGGAUCAUCGCCUCACCUGCUCCCCACCUCCCCAUGCUCCUCACCUUUCCAAGUUUGCCCUCUCAGCUCUCCUGACUACACCUGCAGCCGACCUACACACCCCCUCCAUCGUUACAGCAAACCCCCAGAGCCGUUCCCCCCUCCCAGAGGUCCAUCAGCAUAUGAAGGUGAAGGAUUCUGCUCCCUGCCUCUUCCUGCUUCUCAACUUGGCUAUUUAUCCAACCCUACACCGCAGGGUUAUGCCAGUCUUCGCCUCCACACACCACCCUACAGCCUGUACAGUUACACAUUCCCGCCCUCACCACGCCUCGCAGCCAGCCCUGAUAAAAUGGCCGCCGCUGCUACUGCCAAUCAUCAGAGCACUUUCCUUGGCUCGUCUCCAAGUGGGACUCUAACGGACAGUCUGGGCAUGCUCAGUGGGGGACAACAGGGCUUCUUGUUUGACUCUCGGACUUUAGGACUGGCAGGUACACAGCCGGGAGGCGCAGGCUCACAGGUCACUGCCCACAUGGGGUGAAUUUGACUCCAGGCAUCUGGGGUUGUCAAGAAAACAAAACAAUAUCCUGGAAUGGGUGUAAGUUGCUUUAAGUUUCAAAUGUUUACUAAUUAAUCAUCUGUAUGAUGAAUAAGCAUUGAGCUGAGCUGUGGACAAACCGAGAAGAGUGACAGAUCAAGCCAUUGUUGCUUCUGUGAACAUAAAGAACCUGUCAAGGCUACUUUCUUAUCUUUUAAGCAUGUUUUCUAUGACAUGCAGUGGUCACUAAGGGAAGAAAUGCCCUGUGGCUUUGGAAAAGGAGUCGAGGCAGUGUAAUCCACUGAAUCAACUGGACCCGAAUAUGAACUGGGCAGAAACUGGGCUGGCCCAGGCACUCAAAGCAAACACUUCAAGCCCUGGCAGGAGGCCCUGAAGCAGUGACUAUCAUACUCACACAGCAUUCUACACUGUCUUCAGGAAUAUACUGACAACAUUUCUUUGGUCAGUUAAAUUCCUGCUCAUUACAUGUCUAGUGGUGUCCUUGAUGAAGUCUUUGGAUUAACAUAUACCCUACUCAAGGCCACCUAGCAACAUGCAUUACAGCCUUGCCUUUUUACCACUCGGACUAAAAUAAACCUUUACAUGCAACAGCAGGGACCUGUCAAAUAUGUACAUGAUGGCACGAUGGCCAUAAGAAACCAUGAACUAGGUCAGGACUGAUGCGGCUAAAGCUAAGGAAGAGUAAUGGAUGACAGACUUGAUCCACAUAUUCUACAUCUGGUUUGACAGAUGUUUACUUGAUGCAGCUGUUUGUAUGUCAGGUUGAAGCGGAGCUUGUAUAACACAGACAUAACUGCAUGUGAUGACUCUGACUACGGCCAGGGAAAGGUGGAUAGGAGGUGAGAUGUCUAUAUAAAGGGCUUCGUGACCCUUCGCACUUAAACACCCAGAUGCACCUGCUCCUGCUCUUUAGACUGAAUCCCAUAUGCCAGCCCUGAAUCUCUCACUUUAUAGCAGCACGCCUUUUGGCCAAGGACAUUAAUAUGUUCUUUGACCUUUUUGAGCCAAUAAAAAUGUAUCUAUUCAUGUCACAAUGUUUAUAUGUAAUCAGUAUGUUACUAAUUUAAUUGAAUUCAGAUGGUAUAGUAAUGGAACUGUGAGACUGUGUGUUUUCUUUACACAUUUUUUACU